AUGCUCAUUUCUGCCUAUUUGAUCUUCCCGAUCCCGUUCUCCGUGCUUACCAUGACCCCGAUCUACAAUAUUAUUUACCUCAUUUCACUCCGAAUUGUGGUGGGGGCUGAGGCUAUCGAACGUACCAAGGCCCAGCCGGAACAAUUCAAGCGGUUCUUGAACAACUUACAUGCUCAAGUCGCCAUGAUGUUCGUGUACCCAAUCUACGAGGUGUUGUUCCGCACAGCUGAAGGCUCGCACUACCAGCUUCUGGUGAUCCUGCUUUUACCCGUGAUCAGAGUUUUUCUCAAGAAUAUCGUGCGAAAAUCCAUGAUGCAUGCGGAGGAUAUGGUACCGGAGGCGGUGAUUUUCACGGUGGAUUUCUUCAAUGCCAUCUACACUGCGACGUGCAUGCAAACGGCGUCCUCCGUCCUCUCCAUCUCAAUGAUCACCGUCACGGAUUUAUCUCAAACCGCUGCCAUGUUCUCCCACACUAAUACUAUCGACCACCCGACGUUCCUGCGAGAUUCACUUGAGGUCCUGUUCACUGUGGAGUGCCUCGUUGUCACCGCGUACCUAGAAGCCGUCAUUCCGUUGUUCUACACCGCGUACAUAUUGGUGAUGGUACACCUGCCGAGCUCCAGAUAUCACACUGAAAUGGUCGGCAUGACGCCGGACAACGUGGUAGCGAGGAUUCUACCUGUGUUCACGUUCGGUCUACUUGAGAUCGCACCGCUCGUGCUGUUGGUGGUCGUGAUCAAACGGAACUGCAGGAUGCGGGCGAUUUACCACCUCGCGUUUGUGCUCGAGUCGCAGAGGUCGCUGAUCCAGAUAAAGUUGAUCGUGUGGGUGAUGAUCACCUUGUGCUUCCGUGUCAUGCAUUUUGCGUACUUGAUCUUCCCUCUCCCGUUCUCCAUUUUGACCAUGACCCCGAUCUACAACAUUCUCCACAUCGUAUUAUUUCGGGUCAUUAUGGGCGGAAAUGCUGUGCAGAAACUUCUGACGCGUCGAGAACAGCUCGUCAAGUACAUGAACUUUCUGUACGCUCAGAUCCUGAUGAUGUUUGUGUAUCCAGUCUACGAACUGUUGUUUCGGCUUGCCGAGGGAUCGAAGUACCAGUUCUUGGUGAUUCCGCUUCUACCCGUGAUCAAGGUGGGGAUCAAAAAUAUUGUUUUGCGGUGCGUCGCUCACGUUGAAGACAUUGCGCCAGAGUCGGUGAUCUUCACUGUCGAUUACUUCAAUGCCAUCUACGUGGCGACGUGUAUGCAGAGCGCGUUCUCGGUGCUGGCUAUUGUGGCGAUUUCCGUCACGGAUCUCUCGCAGACAGUCAUAAUGCUGUACGGGUUGCACCAUCGGACGAUUUCCAUUCGAAAGAUGCUUCGACACUACACCGACUGUGGUAAUCCUGGUGAUAUGUUGGGCAUUAUCUGCUCGUUGUGUCAAAAUCCCGACAAAUUCAAGAAGAUCGCAUCGUUCUGGGUACUCGUGAUUAUGGUCAAGCGCAGUUGCGGGAUGAACGCGCUGUAUCAUUUGGCGUUCGUAUUGAAAGCGCAAAGACCUCUUAUUCAGGGCAAGUUGAUGAUCUGGAUGGUGGUGUUUCCGUGUGCCGACUUCACGUUCAACUUUGCGAGGCUUGGGUACAACUUCUAA